ACUCCAAAUUAAGAAACCCUUCGUAUCUUCUCUUCUUCCUUUCUCCCACGCGCACCACUCCUCUCUAUCCAACCACACCCCGCCACCUCACCCCUCCUCUAUCAAUCCACAACUUCACGCGCUCCAACGCGCGUGAGAUUCUUAACCCCACCAUUUUCUCUCUCUUCUCCUUCAAAACUUUCCGCCUCACACGAUAAUUCACCAAACUUCUCCCCCCCCCCCUCAACUCACAUAUAAAUUCUUCCUGUACUUCCCGAAUUACCCUCGCAUUGCCAUCCAAUUUUCGGUUUCUACCUUAACCGAGAAAAAGUAUGGGGGAAAUGGUGAGACUCAACUUGCAAAACGACGACGCUUCGGAAGAACGCUUGCUUGAUGAUGUUGCGGGUCCCACUGGUUACAACAAUGGCGGCGGAGCAACCGGUGACCUGUCAUGGCGGUUAAACUUUGACGCUUAUCAGUUAUCUCCUGAGCAGAAGGAGAAACCGCCGCGUAAACUCCAUGACUGUCUUGGAGUUAAAGGGCCAGAAGAUGAUGUAGCUGAGUAUUAUCAGCAGCAAGUAGAAAUGCUGGAGGGUUUCAGUGAAAUGGAUGCCUUGGCUGAGCGUGGAUUUGUUCCUGGGAUGUCAAAGGAAGAACGAGAAAAGCUGGCUAAAAGUGAAACAUUUGCUAUCAGGUUAUCAAAUAUUGCCAAUAUGGUUCUUUUCAUUGCAAAGGUUUAUGCAUCCAUCCAAAGUGGUUCUUUAGCAAUUAUUGCAUCCACACUGGAUUCACUUCUGGAUCUUCUAUCGGGUUUCAUUCUGUGGUUCACUGCCUUUUCUAUGUCAACACCCAACCCAUAUCAAUACCCAAUUGGAAAGAAACGUAUGCAACCACUGGGGAUUCUCGUUUUUGCUUCUGUCAUGGCUACUCUGGGGUUGCAGAUUAUCCUGGAGUCAACUCGGCAGCUCGCAUCUGAUGAGAGUGAUUUCAGCUUGAAUAAUGAUCAAGAAAGAUGGCUUGUGGGUAUCAUGUUGUCAGUGACUUUGGUUAAACUUCUAUUAGUCCUCUACUGUCGCUCUUUUACCAAUGAGAUAGUCAAAGCUUAUGCCCAAGACCAUUUCUUUGACGUUAUUACCAACAUAAUUGGCCUUAUUGCCGCUCUCCUGGCUAAUUAUGUCAGUGACUGGAUGGACCCUGUUGGAGCCAUCAUUCUUGCUUUGUACACAAUACGUACAUGGUCAAUGACAGUGUUGGAAAAUGUAAAUUCAUUGGUCGGAAGAUCUGCUACACCAGACUUCCUGCAGAAAUUAACUUACCUUUGUUGGAACCACCAUAAGGCCAUCAGGCACAUUGACACAGUCCGAGCAUACACUUUUGGGUCCCACUACUUUGUCGAGGUUGACAUAGUGCUGCCUGCUAGCAUGCCCCUGCAAGAAGCUCAUGACAUUGGCGAAUCUUUGCAAGAGAAACUUGAACAAUUAUCUGAGAUAGAACGUGCUUUUGUUCACCUCGACUAUGAAUACACACACAAACCUGAGCAUGCGCAAGCCCAUCUAUAGAUGCUCGUCUGACAGGUGAAGAAAUUUUCAUCUUGCGUAUCUUCUGUAAUUAUGCUGGAUAUGCUUUACAAUCUUCACGAGCAAAAGGCUGUACAAGUGUGGGAUUCGAUGAUAUUUUGCAGUGGGUUUUGACCUAAAUUUUAGAAAUGGGUAUCAUGGUUUUAGGCUUUUAGCAUCAUCUGAAAUGCGGAAGUCUGAGUCUGAGCUGUGGUCUGGAUCCACUGAACUUCUCCUACUUCAUCCUGAAUAGCUGCCUCUAUUAAGCUUCUUAUCCUAGUUAAUUUUUAUUUUGGUUUGAGCUGUAUAUGUUAGCCCUAAAAUAACCAAAACUCUAUUUUUCUUGGUAUAUAUGAUUGAAUUACUUUGGAUAA